CUACUGCUAGCUGAGAGUGUUCAUAUGCCGAGGGGAGUAUCUACGUGAUAUAUUUGAAAAUUCCCAAUUAUCCGAGAAAACACUCCAGUACUUCCGCCACCUUAUAAUAAUCUGCCGAUUUCAGUCUUCAUAAUGUUUCCUGCUGCUACUGGAGGGAAGCCAGUAUUCAUAACCAGGAGUAUCCAACUUCCCGCGGGAGAGUAGAAUUUGCGGCUGAAGUUUCAAGAGAAGAGACCCAAAUUCCUUCCAUGUCUGACAUUUCCACCGCAGUUUACAUGUCGACCGUUUCUUACCACCAUUUCUCCCCUUCUUCGUUGCUUCCACCGACCAACGCGCACCCCUCACGCACCCCUAGAAGGUCAUAUCCGUCGACUACUUGGACUGGUUCUACUCAAUCUAUCUCUUUCUCCUCCAGAAACUCUUUCGCUAGAGAGGCAUGGAUGGUGAUAAAUUUCAAGAACUCGGUAAAUUCUAGAAGGAGGACAGUGAUUAGGGCAGAAAUGUUUGGUCAGCUCACCACUGGACUUGAAGCAGCCUGGAAUAAGCUCAAAGGGGAAGUCUUGAAGAGUUCUACAUUUUGUGAUUUUUUCACCCCCUCACAUUUUCAAACGAAACCCUUGUGUUCCAGAGGCCUUGACAAAGGAAAAUAUUGCUGAACCUAUAAGAGAUAUUAAGAGGGCUCUUUUGGAAGCAGACGUUAGUCUCCCAGUUGUGAGAAGGUUUGUAGAAUCUGUUAGUGAACAAGCUGUUGGUAGUAGCUUGAUUCGUGGAGUACGGCCUGAUCAGCAAUUGGUCAAAAUUGUGCAUGAGGAGCUUGUGAAGCUGAUGGGUGGAGAGGUCUCUGAUCUGGUUUAUGCAAAAUCUGGCCCCACUGUUAUUUUGCUGGCUGGUCUACAAGGUGUGGGAAAGACGACUGUUAGUGCAAAAUUAGCUUUAUAUAUUAAAAAGCAGGGAAAGAGUUGCAUGCUAAUUGCUGGAGAUGUAUAUAGACCUGCUGCAAUUGAGCAACUCACCAUUUUGGGCGAACAGGUUGGUGUGCCUGUUUAUACAGCAGGAACUGACAUUAAACCUGUAGAUAUAGCUCGGCAAGGUUUAGCAGAGGCCAAAAUAAAGAAAAUAGAUGUGGUCAUUAUGGAUACAGCUGGAAGGCUUCAGAUAGAUAAAGAGAUGAUGGAUGAACUGAAGGAUGUUAAACGAGUACUGAACCCUAUGGAAGUUUUACUUGUAGUGGAUGCGAUGACCGGCCAACAAGCAGCAGCUUUGGUGUCAUCAUUCAAUCUUGAAGUUGGAAUAUCUGGUGCCAUUAUGACAAAACUAGAUGGGGAUUCUAGAGGUGGAGCAGCUUUGUGUGUAAAAGAGGUUUCAGGAAAGCCAAUCAAGCUUGUAGGAAGGGGUGAGCGCAUGGAAGACCUUGAACCUUUCUAUCCCAAUCGUAUGGCUGGACGAAUCUUAGGGAUGGGAGAUGUUCUAUCAUUUGUGGAGAAGGCCGAAGAAGUCAUGCGUCAAGAAGAAGCUGAGGAGUUGCAGAAGAAAAUAAUGAGUUCUAAAUUUGACUUCAAUGACUUCCUGAAGCAAAUCCGCGCAAUUGCACAGAUGGGUUCCAUGGCUCGGGUUAUAGGAAUGGUUCCCGGAAUGUCUAAGAUUACUCCUGCACAAAUCCGAGAGGCGGAAAAGAGCUUUAAGAUAAUGGAAAGGGUGAUAGAAGCAAUGACUCCUGAGGAGAGGGAGAACCCUGACCUGUUGGCCAACUCUCCAGUUAAGAGAAAACGAAUUGCUCAAGAGUGUGGAAAAACUGAGCAGCAGGUCAGCAAAAUUCUCUCUCAGUUUUUUCAAGCACGUGCUCAUAUGAAGAAUCUAAUGGGUGCAAUGGAGGAUGGGUCUGUUCCUAAACUUGAAGAGGCAACAAAAUUGGUACAGCAGACCUCUGCUGGAACUGCAAGGAGGAAGCGGAAAUCAACUUUGAAGAAGCUAUUUACAGACUCUGCUUCAGCAAGACCAAACGCUCGCGGUUUUGGAGCCAAAUAAGGAAUCAGGAAAUCCUUUUCUGCUUUUGAGCAUAGUUGAAGAAGAGUUUCUUUUUUGCUAGUAUCAUCCUAUAGCCCCUAUUUCAAGCAUCAAAUUACCCUUCUUUCAGGAAGGGACUAUAGGGAAAUUAAAAGCUUGAAUGUUAUCUCCUUGCAUGCUCUUAAUGUACAUGUUUGGUUCCUCCUAUGAAUAUAGACAUACGUAGUAUGAAACUUGCUUCCUCUUUUAGUAUGCAGACACAUUAUGUUUUUACUUGGUUUUUACUUGGACUGUAAUUUGCUGGUCUGGUC